AGCUGACGAGCGUACACGUUUCUAAGAGCCGGGUAGCCAAUAGAAGGCAAAGAUGGGCGGUUUCAGAACGCUGUGAUGUAUCCAACGUGGGUUCAGAAGCUAGCGCUCUGAAGAAAAAAAAAAAAAUCUGAUGUUGCUUACGAUCUGAAGUGGGGGGAAUCAAUUUGGUAACAAUCGUAUUGCGGCGAUAGAGUACAGUUGAUAAGCAACUGUACGAAACUCGUGGAGUGUGGACUGCGAAGCGUAGAAGCGAGAUACUGAGUUGACGUGCGGGCUGGAAAGGUGUUUGUAGUGAAAGACGUGGAGCAGCAACAACUGAGAAAUAAUCUUGAUCAUCAAAUAGAUCGUCCUGCUACAUUUCACUUAUCAGUAGUAGGCUGUUGCAAUAUUGGAACUUGUUACAAUUCUGUAAAAACUGUGUCUGUAAAAACAUGAUACACAUGUAGCCUGCUUCUGAAAAGUUUUCUCACAUAUCAUUGUUUCCAGAAAAGUGACAAGCUGGAUCGUAUCUUUGAAUAUCUGCAAGAAAUCUACCACUCCAUCAGCAUGAUGAAUAUUUUACAUAUUUUCCACGGAAGAAGUAACACGCUUUGAUGUAGAGAUUUUGCAUAGUUGGUGUGCAAAAUAGAGUCGGCUUUUUCGGAGAAUUUGCACGUUUGGAAAAGAAAACAAUUGAUUUUUUUUUUUCUCAUACGUUUUAAACAAAACAUCGCUGGGAGAAACCGUGAGCCUGUCUGACAGAUCUCGUCUCUUGCAUCCUUUUAAGGGCAGCCGCUUUCGACAUGCAUUUAGUUUUGGCCGGCAGACAAGUUUCUUGUAUUUCUUUGUAAAUCGCAAACCACUUUUUAAUUUUGCAAUAGAGUGCAGUUCGGUUAUCACAGAGCUGCUGGGAGUAGCUAACUAGUUUCACAAGGAGAAUCGGGACAUGCAAGCGGCUUUAACUUUCAUCAAUGGGCUAAUGAAUACCGAGCCUGCAAAUGCGAAUGCGAUUUGUCUAUAAUAACCACUAAUUGUGUGUGUGUGUGUGUGUUUUUUUUAAAGCUGUUCCAAUCUGUAGUUCAUCUGAGCUGUAGACUAUUAUUAAGCUGGAUACAAAAUGGCGGCCUCGUUGGGACAAAUUGGAUUGUUGCCUUAUUAUUUUCCGUAUUUAAUUUGUAUUCUGGAACUGUUUAUCUCCUCCGGGUUCAGCAUAGAUUUGCAGUGUCCUUUGAAUUGUACAUGCACUGGAAACCUGGUAGACUGUAGCAAUUUGGGGCUGACGGACACUCCAUUGGAUCUCCCACCCUGGACUUCCUAUCUAAACCUGAGCUUCAACAAGCUGACAGCGAUCGAUCAGGCUGCCCUCUCUGAGCUGCCGAACCUGCGGGAGUUACGGCUUGGUCACAAUGAGCUGACAGUCAUCCCUUCAAUAGGAGCCAGUUCAUCAAACAUUGUCUCUCUUUAUCUGCACCACAAUAGGAUUCGCAGCAUAGAGUCAAGCCAGCUAAAGCCUUUCGUCUCCUUGGAAACCUUGGAUCUAACUUCCAAUGAGAUCACUGAAAUACGAAGCACCUGUUUUCCAUCGGGACUGCAGCUCAAAGACAUAUAUCUGGGCAGUAACAAAAUAGGUCUCCUGGAGCCUGGUGCUUUCGAUAACCUGUCACGUUCCUUGCAAGUACUUCGUUUGAGCAGAAACAGGAUUGCCCAACUUCCUGUCAAAGCAUUCAAGUUACCCCGGCUAACACAAUUAGAGCUGAACCGGAACAGAAUCCGCUUGAUUGAAGGCCUGACUUUCCAAGGAUUGGACAGUUUAGAAGUGCUGAAGCUACAGAGGAACAACAUAAACAAGCUCACCGACGGGGCCUUCUGGGGACUCGCUGGAAUGCAAGUGCUCCAUCUCGACUACAACAGCCUGACUGAAGUGAACAGUGGCUCGCUGUAUGGGCUCUCCUCUCUCCAUCAGCUGUACUUAGGCAACAACUCCAUAUCACGCAUCAAUCCUGAUGGCUGGGGGUUCUGCCAAAAACUGCAUGAGCUGGUUCUGUCCUACAACAACCUGACACGGCUGAACGAGGGCAGCCUGGCUGGGCUGGGGGGGCUGCACAUCCUCCGACUGAGUCACAACUCCAUCAGCCACCUCUCCGAGGGGGCUUUCCGGGGACUCAAGGCCCUGCGCUCACUGGAGCUGGACCAUAAUGAGAUCUCUGGGACAAUAGAAGACACCAAUGGGGUCUUCUCAAGCCUGGGUAGCCUGAACAAGCUAACUCUGUUUGGAAACAAGAUCAAGUCAGUGGCCAAGAAAGCAUUCUCAGGCUUAGAGGCCCUCGAGCACCUGAAUUUGGGGAACAAUGCAAUCCGCUCCAUCCAGCCUGAUGCCUUUGCUAAAAUGAAGCGUUUAAAGGAACUACUCCUCAACAGUGACAGUUUCCUUUGUGAUUGCCAGCUGAAGUGGUUACCCCAGUGGCUCAGCGGGAAGAAAUUCAAGUCCAGUGUCGUAGCCUCGUGUUCCCACCCAGAGUCCUUACAAAGCAGAAGCAUUUUCAGUGUCCCUGCAGACAGCUUUGUGUGUGAUGAUGUUCCGAAGCCACAGAUCACUCUCCAGCCCGAGACCACAAUGGGAGUGCUGGGGAAAGACAUCCGUUUUACCUGCACGGCGGCCAGCAGCAGCACCUCGCCAAUGAGCUUUGCUUGGCGCAAAGACCAGGAGCUCCUGCGCGAUGCGGACAUGGAGAACUUUGCUCACGUGCGGGCCAAGGACGGCGAGGUGAUGGAGUACACCACCAUCCUGCACCUGCGUCAUGUAACCUUCGCACACGAGGGCCGCUACCAGUGUAUCAUCACCAACCACUUUGGAUCCACCUACUCGAACAAAGCGCGUCUCACUGUCAAUGUCCUUCCCUCCUUUAUCAAGAUGCCACAAGACAUCACAAUCCGCACUGGCACCACGGCCCGGCUGGAGUGUGCUGCAGAGGGGCACCCGUCUCCUACCAUUGCCUGGCAGAAAGACGGGGGCACCGACUUCCCAGCCGCACGGGAGCGGCGCAUGCAUGUGAUGCCCGAUGACGAUGUCUUCUUUAUCAUGAACGUGAAGAUUGAGGAUAUGGGCGUCUACAGCUGUACAGCGCAGAACAUAGCUGGUACCCUCUCCGCCAAUGCCACUCUGUCUGUGCUGGAGACGCCUUACUUGGUUCAGGCGCUGGAAGAUCACACUGUGGCAGUGGGGGAGACGGUGGCACUGCAGUGCAAAGCGAUGGGCAGCCCCCUCCCCCGGAUCAGCUGGCUGAAGGGGGACGAGCCCCUGCAACUGACUGAGCGCUACCACUUUACUCCUGGCAAUCAGCUGCUCAUAAUCCGCAACGCGGUGCAGGAAGACGCUGGCAAGUACACCUGCGUGAUGUCCAACACCCUGGGGACCGAGCGAGCUCACAGCCAGCUCAGUGUUCAGCAAGCAAGCGGCUGUGUGGUCAGCAGGAAGGAUGGCACCAUGACUGUGGGCAUCAUCAUCAUCGCUGUGGUCUGCAGCAUCGUCAUUACCUCGCUGGUCUGGGUCUGCAUCAUCUACCAGACCAGGAAGAAGAGUGAAGAAUACAGUGUCACUAAUACAGAUGAAACCAUUGUCCCUCCAGAUGUCCCAAGUUACCUGUCUUCUCAAGGAACUCUGUCCGAUCGACAGGAAGUGUGCAUCAGUGUGGAAACCAGCAAAGGUCCUCAGCCCAAUGGACACAUUGAGAGCAAUGGUAUUUGCCAGAGUGAUGCAGGAGGAUGUCAAGACAUGGAAAACCACAUGGCCUGUAGAAGAAAAGAAGAUGACACAGCAAGGCCAGAAAACGCAGCUGGGUAUGGAGUUCAAGUGAUCUGCAGCGAUUGUUUGGAUAAUGCCAACACUUACUCCAGAGAUCAAGAAUAUUACCCUCAGAACUUCAGACCGGAAGAUCACUCUCAUCAACAAGCACUUGGCAGCACAGGAUCAUGCAGGGCUGACCUGGAAGAUUCAGGCCCUGAGAAUCACCAGCACUACAAUGGGACUGUCAGUAGUUUGGAAAGAGAAGGCCCUAUGUAUCCUAGCAACCAUGACAGGAUGACAGCACAAACACAGAAAGGACCGUCACUGAAACAUUUUGACAUCAAUGGUUCCCAUUCACAACCUAUAGAAACUUCAGGACCACUCAGUACUGUCUGCCCUCCAUCUUUAGAAGAUUCAUUCCACGAACCAAUUAAAUUAACCGGUCUUCCUCAGACCUCAUUGGACAAUAAAUGUGAGGUCGAAGCCAGACAGGCAUUGCCUCCUAAUGGACACCUACCCAUGCUAUGUGACUCCAAUAUUAGCGAGAGUAUUCCAUUGAGGAGAGCCAGUGAUUGAAAGGAUGGCCAUAAAAACUGCUUUUCCUCUUUGCACUGAAAACCCUUUAUUUAUUGUUUUUGAGACACUACCUCAACUUUGAAACCAGAAGCUCUCCAAGGAAAGGGCAUCAGAAGUUUGAGGACAUUGCUUGUUUGAGCGUUUUUGAGUUGUACAUAAUUGUAAUCUUCCCAGAGUUAUCAUUUGUAGUUCAACAGUUGAUGUGCAUUUGAUGCACGCAAAUGUAGAGAAUAUUGUACAAAGAGAGAGUUUUAUUGAACAUGGCUUGUACAUAAGAGUUUUCAUAUAUCUUUUACAAAGGAUAUUUUAAUCUUUAUUCAGUGCAUGAAUAACUGAGUGGAUUCUUUUUUUUUUUUUUUUUUCCAAUUUCUAAACAGAAAAAAAGUACUGUCUGGUGCCUUACUGCAUGAACCCUAAGUACACUCAUAAGAAUCCACUUCUCACAACAUUUGCUCAAUUACAAAUAUAUAUUUUAAAAGGAUAUUGGAAAGAUCACCAGCACACGUUCCUUCAGUUUUUAAUUGCACUUCUAGGUUUAGUUUUAAUUUUAUAAAGAAUUAUAAUGCUGGUGGUUUAUGGCCUUAAACACACUUCUCAUUAACUGAAUUUUACAGUGGAAGAGCUUUGAUUUGACUUCUCAUUGGUGUGGAAAUGAAUGUAAACCCUAUACAUUUGUGUGAAAACAAAGAGGAACAUCUUAUUUUCAAGCACUUUGUCUGCUGAACCUUAUUUUGGAUUUCAAAAGUUGGUGAAAAACAGGUUGCAAAAUGUUUGGCCUACGCAAUGCAAUAACAUUUACAAAGGCAAUUUUACCUUCAUGUAAAUCUACAGUUUGCAGACUAAAAUUGUGUUUUUAAUAAUUUAGCUUUUCUGUUAUGUCACAAUGUUUGAAAGUCACUCUGCUAGUAUUGCAACUCUUUAGUCAAAGUACCACCAGCUUUGGCUCAUCCAGUUAAAGCAUUGCCGCUGGCAGCGCAGGAUGAGUCACACAACUUGGAUGGUGCUGGCGCCGGUUUGUGUCCAGGCUGUGCAAAGAGGCCGAACUUUACUGGGGACCCCGAGGGGGGUGUCACAUUGGCUCUGACGCUCCCAGGGUGGGGGAUGGGGAAACCGGCAGGGACUCUUUCUCCUCAUCGCGCAACAGCGAACCCUACUGGCCAGACACCGAGCACAUUCAGAGUGGAUAAAAGCAGGGCUGAUCUCUGUGCUCCGGGAUUGGUAGCCAGACCACCUCUGCUCUGGAUUGCUCGGCGUAAAAGCGGUUCUGGCUUUAGGCUUGUGAGAGCGGAGGAUGCGCACACGCCCUCAGAACGUCUGUGCUGUGUGGGGACCCUCUGCGGUGAGGAGAAAAAACAGAAUUGGACAUUCCAAAUUGUGUGGAAAAAUAACUACAAAUGAAUAAUUGGUCACUCAAUUUAAAAACAAAACAAAAACAAAAAAGCACCACCAACUUUUGUUAAAUGCUGUACUUUUACAAAGAGGUGAAACUAAAAGCCUCAGACCAUUUCAUUCACAAAUCUCAGCUAUGUACGGUACAUUAAUUCGUAAUAAACCUACACAUUUUCAUUUAAAUGCCAAAAUCAAACUUUUAAAUCAAUAUUCAAUCAAUCCAUUUUUAAUAUGGUCUAAUGUAAGGGUUUUUAAUAUAAGGUUGUUUCUGGUUUUCAUAGUGCUUAUCCCAAAGCCCAAAGAUUUUGAGACUAUUAAUCUCCCCUGUAAUUUGCUCCACAUUUUAAAGUACAUAUCUCUGAUUCCUAUUGGCUCUUUAGGGGAUCUUUAUUCAUGUCACCACAUAUUUAGUAUAUUAUAUAUAAAUGAAGUAUGACAGAAAUGUCUUUAAUGCUCAGGAUGCAAUUCCUUUUCAUGUAUCCUGUAGUUAUAUUUGAAAUUGGAAUAAAUUGAGCUGUUAACCUGAACACUAUCUGGUAUCCAAGCUCUUCCAUACAGAAUCGUUUUACAUGUGUAAAAGCUGCUGCAGCUGGUGUUGGUUACCUGUGGACAUUAUCAGUUUGUGUAUAUUUAAAAAAAAUGUUUUAAUAUUAUUACAUGUUUGUUAAACUGUAGUGGUAGUAACACAUAUGGACCACUUGGACAAAUAAGAAUCUUAUUUGGGUUAUAAGUAACAUGAGACAGCAACACAUUAUUUUCCAAGCUACUUGUCUUGAUCAUUCUAGUCUGUUUUUGAUUCUCGACAGAAUUGCACUAUAGGUAGCUUAUAUGAGUGCCAAUGUACUGUUGAUGUUGUGGGGAAGUGAAAGGAUGUGUAAUAUUAAGGAAAAUACCUGCAGAAUAAAACUUGCAGCUGUGAUUCAAAGAAACAAACCAGAGAUUUAUCAAAUUGUUUGCAAAUUGGAAGCAAGAUGUUAGACCUGGACAAUGAUGUGAAAUAAUCUGUAUUCAAACUGUUGGCAGAAAAAUAUUUACCCCUCUCGAAGCAAUUGUUAUUGAAAACACAAAAUUGCCUCAAAUACAAGGGUAAAAAGCUCAACAUUGCAUUAUUUUUAAGAGAUUGUUUUUUUUACUGCCACAACAAAUAUGUGCUGCUUCCGAGAGACAAAGGGAGAGUGUCGCUUUUCUGUACAAAACUAUUUAUUUAUAUAAACUUUGGUAAAAAAAAAGAUUGUACAUGGACAAGAACAAGUGUCUAACGUGACACUGAAGUGUCUUUAUUAAAAACCCAAUUAUAAUAUGACAUGGUGUCUUUGCAUCAUUGCUCACACUCAUUUUUUUUAAAAAAGGACAUUCUUAUAAUAAGAUUUCCUAAAACUAAAGUUAUUAUUUUAAACCCACCAUUUGUCAGCUUCAAUUGACAUGUAAAAAGGUUUUCCGAAAGCAAUACGUUACAAUUAGUGCAACAACACAACGUUAGUACAGAGCUUGUGCUCAUCUGUGUUCAUUUUACAGCUUUUCUGUUUGCAAUUAUCUGCAUAUUCCAUAGGUCUAAUAACUGUGUAUCAUUCCAGGAAACGUGGAAUUGCCUGCUUAUGCCAUUUUCACAGGUCAAAUGUUUUCAUUUAAUUCAAAUUGGGGCCAAUCCAUAUAACUGCUGCAUCUGUGAAUUGAAAUUGGAGCCACUUUUGCCUCUAUUUUCUUACUGUGCAACCCUAAUAAACUGCAAUUAUUUCAAGGGAA